AUGAUUCUAGAUCCCUGGCUGAAACAAACAAAACGAGAUCAACCACGUUGCCCAAAUUGUCGAUCCAUUGUGAAAUCCGUGGGUGGUUGGGCGACUAUAAACCUUGGAAAGAUCGGUCCCCAAUCUUCCCAAGGUUUGGACUCUGGAGAAUGUAAUCUGACUGAUGAUCACAAACAAAAUGAAGCCCUACAAAGGAUAGAAGUGCUGGAGGCUGAAGUCAGAUCAAUUAAAGUCAAAUCAAGCGAUCUGGAAGCAGAGAAUGCCAAAAACAAAGACGAUCUGAAAGCGGAAAAGAAAAAGAAUAAAACGCUGAUACAGAAGAACGCAGACUUGGCCGGCAAAUUAGAGAGUAAUUUCCAAGAACAGUUCCACUUACGCGAAGCACUUAAGAAUGCGAGAGCCAAAAACGACGAAUUUACAAUGCUGAACAAACUGAUGACCGCUCCCAGUAAUUCCUUUAAGCAUGAAAAGGGCAAGUUCGAGAAUGUCAGCAACGACCUUCUGAUAAGCGUGUUCCUACAGGAAAAACAUACUAAAGAAAGGCUGGAGCGACACUACAAAGAAAAACUCAGAGAGGCGGACUUUGACAACAAUACACUUAAGCAGCGGAUGCACGAGAUCAAGAGAUCAGAACAGCUCAUAGAGGGCGAUAAAAUGGAGAUGUACGCGACCACUAAACGGCAACACGAAUUGCUGAAAGAAAGGGAUGCGACUAUUGUGACGUUGGAGAAUGAACUGGACACAAGCAAGAAACAAUGCAAACGGUAUAGGAUCUGGUAUAACGAACACAAAGACCAGAUUGGGACGUCUAUGUCAACGAAACCAGCAGCAACUUCUAGCGCGGUACCAGCGCAAUCGGCUUCACAAGGUCGGCGCAAAGGGGAAGGUAACAAAGAGAACUCCCGGAACGGAAAUUCCAGGCUUGUUUCCGUACCAAAGAAAGUAAUUUCUAGUGGAAUGGAUGAUCCCAUGCUGGCAAGCCUGGCUAGUGCUUUUAAAAGCCGUCCGAAAAGCAUUAACACGCUGAGUAACGCUCGCCCCCCGCUAGGAGCAGUGAAGGUGUGCGAGCGAUGCGUCGUGUGUUGGUGAAAGUCUGAGCUCUAAGAAUUGCUGAUUCACAUCGUGCCCACUAUCCACUGUGUUCCUGCUCGUUUGUAUCUGCAGUCUUGGUCAGGGCUGACGGCUCACGUUGUUGUAUUAAAUAGGGCAUUGCACUGGUACGUGAACAGUGCCGUGACCGGAAACUAUUGUAUUGAUCUCGACUUACUGUGGAAAAAAUCUGGGGAGUUUUCUUUUAACUCCCAUAAAAACAACCUCUCAUCUCUUUCUAU